AUGACCUACCCUUUGAUCACUGCCAGCUCGGGCCGACGGUCCGCCGGCCCCAGCUCUACACCUGCCCGCUGGCGCCGGCGCUCCGCCGGCUUUCGCCGCGAGCGCGGCGAGGUCCGGGGCCGCUCCUGCGCGCCGCCCAGGCCUCCUCCCGAAGACGGGGCCAGAAAAAAUCGAGGAGGAGGAGGAGAGGGAGGAGGAGGAGGAGGAGGAGGAGGAGGAGGAGGCGACGGAGGAGGAAGGCAAAACGAAGAGACGCGCGGCGCCGCGGAGGAGAAAGCGAGGACUAGACAGCACAGGAGCGAUGGCAAGCAUAGCACUGCGACCGCUACAGCGUUCCAGCUUCCUAAAAACACGAAGAAGCAGCGGGUCACGCCUGCGCUGCCGAGCGCAGCGACGUACAUAACAUGA